GUGCCCCGCGGCCGUGGGAGCAGAGCCAGGCGCGCGCAGCGGAGGCGAGGCCGCCUCUCGCCGUCCCCCGAGAGAGACCCGCUCCGGCGCCGGGGACAGCGAGGCGAGGCGAGGCUCCCGGUGCGACGGCGAGGCACGCAGCCGAAGGAGACGAGCGCGCCUGGCUCGCCUGACUUGCCCUGGGUUGCCCCUCUCGGCGGGCAGCGGCCGCUGUUGAUGGCCAAAGGGGAAGAGAGCGCGAACCCCACUUGUGCGACGCAGCCGGAAAAAGACAUGGCGCGCCAGCCGCCGCCUCCCUCGCCGGGCAAUCCCGCGCAGCCGUCUCCCUACAUCCACAGCAUGCCCGCCUGGGUGCUGGAGGACUUCUGUCAGAAGAUGGACUGUCUCAGCGAUUACGACUGGAUGCGCUUUGCUUCCUAUGUGAUCACAGACCAGACUGAACUGAGGAAAAUCAAAUGCAUGGAAAAGGCAGGAAUCAGUAUCACUAGAGAGCUGAUGUGGUGGUGGGGAGUGAGGCUUGCAACUGUCCAACAGCUGCUGGACCUUUUGCAGGAAUUGCAACUCUAUCGGGCAGCCCAAGUGAUUGCAGAUUGGUCAUCACUCCCGCUCACUCAUGAUUCCAUCAGGGCUCCUUUAGAGGCCCAUCAACAGGAAAAACCAUCAGUGCAUCCAACUGGGAACAAAAAUAAAGGCACAGGAAAUGAACCAGAAAAACCAGCAUUGCCAAAUGCAGAUCCUGUGUUCAAAGCAGCUGCACAAAUGCUUCCUUUAUCUCUACCACCAACAUCCAUGGACCUUCCACAUUCUUUACAUUCAAAUCAGUCUUUACUAGGUGCCAAGCCUGGCAGUUCUUCCAUUCCUCAACAGGAAACUCCCCCUAAUCUCCAGAGUGCCAGCCUUUUAUGGACCCCACAAGAAGUGGAAAAUGCCACUAGUGGCUUCAGUGCAGAAAACCGUAUUAGUGAAGGCAUUUUUGCCACUACCUACAAAGGUUGGAAAGACAACACAAUGUAUGUUGUAAAAAAGCUAAAAGAGGCUGACACACAAAGGUUUUUUCGUACAGAAGUGCAGAUCUGCUUUCGGUGUUGCCACCCUAACAUACUACGGCUGUUAGGCUUUUCUGUAGAUACAGGAUUUCACUGCCUGAUAUAUCCUUACAUGCCCAAUGGGUCACUGAUGGAUCAACUACAGUGUCAGGGUGAUUUUAAGUCACUGCAGUGGGAUCAAUGCAUCAGAAUCUCUUUGGGACUUAUUCAAGCCCUUCAGUAUUUACAUCACUUUGGAAUUAUUCAUGGCAAUGUGAAAAGUUCUAAUGUUUUGCUGGAUGCAAACUUCACACCACAACUUGGACAUUCAGGCCUUAGAUUGCACCCUGUGAAGAAAAAAUCUGAGUAUGCUGUGAUGAAAACCAAAGUCUUGCAAGCAUCCCUUGCUUACUUUCCAGAAGAUUUUGUCAGGCAUGGGCAACUCACAGAAAAAGUGGACAUAUUUGGUUGUGGAAUAAUUUUAGCAGAAAUAUUGACUGGCAUGAAGGCAAUGGACGAAGAAAGGCACCCUGUUUUUCUGAAAGAUGCCCUCCUUGAAGAAAUUCAAAUGGCCAAAGAAGUAUCCUGUUCUAAGGAAAGAACCUUUGAAAAACUCGCAGCUGCAGAAAUAUGUCAUAAAUAUCAAGACAAGCAAGCAGUUCAAUUUCCACCAAUGAGUGCUGUUCGUUUGGCAACGGCUGUCUGUGUUUGUCUGCGGAAAAAGAAUGCUGACUUGGCUGAGGCAUAUGAAAUUAUGGAAGUAGCAGAUCAUCCAAUACAGUAUCAGAAAAUGCCUGAGGGAAGCAGAUAUUUUGGAUUCUCUGACAAUACCCCAGAAGAAACCAAUGAUGAGCCAGCGAGCCCAUUCAUCGUUGGUUUGUCUGAUGACCACAACGAUAGCGUCAGUCCCAGAUCGUUGAACUGUGCUGAUUUGUUGCCACCUUUGAUAAGAGUUGUGCCUCCUGAAACAUAUUCUGGGCAGAUGUUACAAGUCCCUUGUGAAUCAGAUGAAUCAAGUAACUUUUCAUGGGACCCUAUGGAGGAUGUAGCCUACCAGCCACCAAGGAACAGCCAUCCAGAUCUAGGAAAUGCCGCUUCUGCUAAGCCUCUGUCAAAGGAUCCAGAAGAUUCCAGUGACUUCAGAGCAGAAAAUAUGGACUGUGACAGAACUAUAAAGCCACAGGAAAUGACUGUCCCUUCAAGUGGAAUGCUUCAGUCAAAUACAAAAGAAGGUGAUGCUGCCUGUUCCUCACAAGGUAACAAGCAUCAGCUAAAGAAAUAAAGAUCAAUGACAAAAAGAAGAAGAUGAUGGAACGAUUUUUAUUAUAUGAAGAAAACAAGAUAAACAGUCAUGAACUCUUUGAAUCUUCGAUAUAACUAAAUCAUUACCAGUGGCAUUAUCAGGAAAUGGAACUCUUUCUUAUCAGUAGAAGCUAAAGCAAAAAAGCAUUAUUUAAAAGUUAUGCUGGAUCUCCGUGCAAGAAAGGUAUGAAAGGAAGCAUCAUUUUGGGGUGACUAGAGGCAAGAGGAUUCUCUUCACUACUUUGAGACUGUGAUAGAAAUAUCUUUUAGUGCCCCCUUAAAAUAAAGGCAAAACCAAAAUGAAAUGUAGAAAAACAGGGUACAAGGAAAAAAACUUGCUCAUUUUGCAAUGGAGUUAUCAGAAUAAUAUGGCAUAUUUGCACUACUUAGCUGAACUGUGUUUAAGAACAGAAUGCAUUUUAUUGUCCUACAUACUGUGUCAGACUGAAUUAUUCAUCCAUUUUCUAUGCAAUGGUGAUUGUAGCUCUGACAAUAUUUCUAAUAUAGUCAUGCGUGAGACCUGGAGAAGACUGAAGAGAGAUAUGGUAGCAUUUUACAAAUACUUGAAAGUUUAUCACAUAGAGAAGAGGCAGAAUCCUUCUUGUCAUGCAAUGGUGCCAUAAAGGGCUUAAGCAGUAGGAAGCCAGAUUCUGGCUGGACAUCAGGAAAAAACUUUCUGACUAAAGCAGUACUGUAUUAUCCAGGGAGGUCAUCUGCUUGGCACAAUGGAGGCAUUCCAGAAGCAGUUGGACAGCAAUCUGUCAGGGGUGCUUUAACUAGAACUUUAACAAAUCCUGCAUUGAGCAGGGACUUGAUGGGUUUACAGACUCCUUCCAACUCCUCUGUUCUGUGGAAUAUGAAGCUACAUUUUACAGUCCACAUUCCCCAUGGAGUCAACAGUUGAUACAUUCUCACAGGACUGAUCACUUUGCUUGGGAAGUGGAAACAGAAUUCACAUUCCUUCUGUUUCACUGUCUCAUCAGGUGAUAACCACUGUGGGGCAUCUGAUCAUAGUUUUCACAGAGAUGGUGCACAUUUUAACAGCUGGUACUUGGGACAAGGAAGGGCUUUUACCUCUUUUUAAUGCCAAUGGCUAUUGUUGAAAAGGACUGCCAGCCUUUGGCCUGAUCUACCAGGACUUUUAUUAUGUUUAUACUAAUACAAUGAUACACUCACCAGUAUGUGCAUUAGGAUUAAUUAGUUGUGGAGGGAAUGCGAGUAAUAAGGAAACACGGCAAUUUUUAUUUUCUUUAUCCAUUUCUGAUCUUUUACAUUGUCCUCUAAUUUCAUACAGUAUUGUUCUAGCAUGGUAAAGCAAUUCCUUUUUAAAAUAUGAAGGACACCAUGGGUUCACAUUGCUGCUGUAAGAAAGUUUUUUAGCCAGAAUUUGCAUAUUUGUGCAAAAUUUAUAUUAAAAACAGUGAAUACCAACCUGAUAUUUUGUGGCAGGCAGGAUUGUUAAAAAACACAAUUGCUCUAAAUGUAAAUUGAACUUUAAAUGUAUUUUGUUGGA